AUGGAUGGAGGCAACCACAGUGAUGACUCAGAAUUUCUACUUCUAGGGCUCACGGAAAGUCCUCAGCAGCAGCGGAUCCUUUUUUGGAUGUUCCUAUCCAUGUACUUGGUCACAGUGGUGGGAAAUAUGCUCAUCAUCCUGGCCAUUGGCUUUGACUCCCAUUUGCACACUCCUAUGUAUUUCUUUCUGGCCAGCCUCUCCUUCACUGACCUCGUCUUUGUUACCAACACAAUCCCCAAGAUGCUGGUGAAUCUUCAGUCCCAGGACAAAGCCAUCUCCUAUGCAGGGUGUCUGACACAGCUCUACUUCCUGGUCUCCUUGGUGGCCCUGGACAACCUCAUCCUGGCAGUGAUGGCGUAUGACCGCUAUGUGGCUAUCUGCCGCCCCCUCCAUUACACAACAGUCAUGAGUCCUAAGCUCUGCAUCUUGCUCCUCACCUUGUGUUGGGUGCUUUCUGUCCUCUAUGGACUCACACACACCCUCCUCAUGACCAGUGUGACCUUCUGUAGGUCACGAAAAAUCCACUACAUAUUCUGUGAGAUGUACGUCCUGUUGAGGCUUGCAUGUUCCAACACCCAGGUCAAUCACACUGUGCUGAUUGGCACAGGCUGCUUCAUAUUCCUCACUCCUUUUGGGUUCAUGAUCAUAUCGUAUGUCUGCAUUGUCAGAGCCAUCCUCCAAAUACCCUCAGCCUCUAAAAAGUACAAAGCCUUCUCCACUUGUGCUUCCCAUUUGGCUGUGGUGUCCCUCUUCUAUGGGACACUUUGCAUGGUAUAUCUGAAGCCCCUCCAUUCCUACUCCAUGAAGGACUCAGUAGCUACAGUGAUGUAUGCUGUAGUGACCCCCAUGAUGAACCCUUUCAUCUACAGUCUGAGGAACAAGGACAUGCAUAGGGCUCUGGGAAGACUCCUAGGGAAACCCUUUAUGAAAUUGACAUGA